UUGGUUUUUCUGAGGAUGUCUGGUUCUCGUAAAGAGUUUGAUGUGAAACAGAUUUUGAAAAUCAGAUGGAGGUGGUUUGGCCAUCAAGCAUCAUGUCCUAAUUCUACAGUUGACAGCCAGCAGGGAGAAUUUUGGAAUCGAGGACAGACUGGAGCAAACGGUGGGAGAAAGUUUUUAGAUCCAUGUAGCCUGCAAUUGCCUUUGGCUUCAAUUGGUUACCGAAGGUCCAGCCAACUGGAUUUUCAGAAUUCACCUUCUUGGCCAAUGGCAUCCACCUCUGAAGUCCCUGCAUUUGAGUUUCCAGCAGAAGAUUGUGGUGGUGCACAUUGGCUGGAUAGACCAGAAGUGGAUGAUGGCACUAGUGAAGAAGAAAAUGAAUCUGAUUCCAGUUCAUGCAGAUUGGUGCUCUCCUCUGUCUCAGAUUAUUUUGCUGCCAUGUUUACUAAUGAUGUCAGAGAAGCAAGACAGGAAGAAAUAAAAAUGGAAGGUGUAGAGCCAAACUCUUUAUGGUCCUUGAUUCAGUAUGCAUACACAGGCCGCCUUGAAUUAAAAGAAGAUAAUAUUGAGUGCCUGUUAUCUACCGCCUGCCUCCUUCAGCUUUCACAGGUUGUGGAGGCGUGCUGUAAGUUUUUAAUGAAACAGCUUCAUCCAUCCAACUGUCUUGGAAUCCGUUCCUUUGCUGAUGCCCAAGGUUGUACAGAUUUGCAUAAAGUGGCUCACAAUUAUACUAUGGAACAUUUUAUGGAAGUAAUCAGAAACCAGGAGUUCGUAUUACUACCAGCCAGUGAAAUUGCAAAACUCCUGGCUAGUGAUGACAUGAACAUUCCUAAUGAAGAGACAAUAUUGAAUGCGCUUCUCACUUGGGUCCGUCAUGAUUUGGAGCAGAGACGGAAAGAUCUCAGUAAACUUUUGGCUUAUAUUAGGCUACCUCUUCUUGCACCACAAUUCCUGGCAGAUAUGGAAAAUAAUGCACUUUUUAGGGAUGACAUAGAAUGUCAAAAACUCAUUAUGGAAGCAAUGAAGUAUCAUUUAUUACCAGAGAGACGACCCAUGUUACAAAGUCCUCGGACAAAACCUAGAAAGUCAACUGUUGGUGCAUUAUUUGCAGUUGGAGGAAUGGAUUCAACAAAAGGUGCAACAAGCAUUGAAAAGUAUGAUCUCCGUACAAAUAUGUGGACUCCUGUAGCGACUAUGAAUGGGAGGAGGCUACAGUUUGGAGUUGCAGUGUUAGAUGACAAACUGUAUGUGGUUGGAGGGAGAGAUGGACUGAAGACUUUGAAUACUGUAGAGUGUUACAAUCCCAAAACAAAAACUUGGAGUGUGAUGCCGCCUAUGUCCACACAUAGACAUGGCCUUGGCGUGGCUGUGCUGGAAGGCCCCAUGUAUGCUGUUGGGGGGCACGAUGGCUGGAGCUAUCUGAACACAGUGGAAAGAUGGGACCCCCAGGCUCGCCAGUGGAACUUUGUUGCCACAAUGUCCACACCCAGGAGCACAGUAGGGGUGGCAGUUCUGAGUGGAAAACUUUAUGCAGUUGGUGGUCGUGAUGGAAGUUCUUGUCUCAAAUCAGUAGAAUGCUUUGAUCCUCAUACUAAUAAGUGGACACUGUGUGCACAGAUGUCAAAAAGGCGAGGCGGUGUCGGAGUAACCACAUGGAAUGGAUUGCUGUACGCUAUUGGAGGACAUGAUGCUCCUGCCUCCAACUUGACUUCCAGACUCUCAGACUGUGUAGAGAGAUAUGAUCCCAAAACAGAUAUGUGGACUGCAGUGGCAUCAAUGAGUAUCAGCAGAGACGCAGUGGGGGUGUGCUUACUUGGUGAUAAACUGUAUGCUGUUGGGGGAUAUGAUGGACAGACUUACCUUAACACUGUGGAGGCUUACGAUCCCCAGACAAAUGAGUGGACCCAGGUUGCUCCACUGUGCCUAGGAAGAGCUGGAACUUGUGUUGUGACUGUGAAAUUAUAAUUUUACAUUUACAUGCAUUGUUUUUUAAAUGAAGAAACCCUCAUCCUGUAUUAAUUUUAGUACUGUUGUUCUACUAUCAGUGGAAAAUUUUAGCAAAUGUGCAAUCCCACAUUCCUAGGCACAAAGUGCCUCAUCUCAAUGUGAAGAUGUUAAGCCAAGGAAAGAAGAAGAUGGACCAGGAUCAAAUACAUUCAUUCCUUAAUAAAUCAAGACUACAGCUGGUAAAUUGUGAAUGUGUUUCUGAUAUAAAAUGUGAGGAUAAAUUCAUUGGUCAAAACAUAAGACAGUGCUAAAUAGGAAUUUCUUCUAUUCAUAGUCAAGCACAUUUUACUCUCACUACCCAGAUUUAUUUUAGUACAGUGCAAACACAUCACUUAAACCCUUAAAAUACUACUUUGUAAGUUUACUAUACAUGAGUUACAGUACUUUUUGUUUAACCAUAAUCAUUAUUUUAAUGAUACUAAGAAUACACUAUUUUUCAGGAAAAGCUACAUUUCAUAUGCUUUGGUUAUGAUUUUUAUUUCUAAAAUUGGCUUAGCCCAAUGAAUAAAGAAAAACACUAAAGCAUUAAAACAAUAGUGACCAAAUAAAGACUCGAAGUGAACUUUGGCACCUAUUGACUAUUCAUUCCACUGCACCUAGAGUCACCAAGACCUUCAUGUAUGUUAUUAUUCAACUAACAUGAUAAAACAUGUUUUACAUUAAAUUUAAGGUAUGCAAAUUUACAUAGAGAAAAUAAAUAUAUUCUGUAAUGUUCACCUAACUAAUUAUAUGAAUUUGUUUGCUUUUAUAUUUCAAAAGCUGUUUUGAUUUUUUUGUCUCCUACUAUUGACAAAAUUGUUUGCAUAGUUGUCUGUGUUCUCAAGUCUGUUUGCCCCCUCCCUUGUUUUUUACGGUUUCCAAUUAGUAAUUCAUUAUGCUUCUUUAUAAUCAAACUCUCUUGGGGGAACGGGUUAAUUGAAUGUCUGAAAAAUAAGUUUAAAGUGUUUGUUACCCAAAAUUUUGUACAUUUGUAAACUCCGAUUACAAAUAUGUGAAUGUUAA